CCCACUGCGCUACAUGUAGAGCGGUAUCUGCCUGACCAGAGAGCAAAGAUCAUUACCAGUCAGUGAUCAGUUCUGAUCGGGUCAGGAAGAAUGGCAGCAGGACCGGAAGGAAAACUGCAGCUGGUCCAGCGACACGUCCGGGCUUUUCCAGACUUCCCAAAGGAAGGGAUCCUGUUCAGAGACAUUUGUCCCAUCCUGAAGAGUCCAGCUGCCCUCACAGCAGUCACAGACCUGUUUGAAGAACAUGUGAGGAGCCGUCAGCUGCAGGUGGAUCUGAUCAUCGGGUUGGACGCUCGUGGGUUCUUGUUUGGGCCCCUGCUCGCCCAGAGGCUGGGCGUUGGCUUCAUCCUGGUUAGGAAGAAAGGCAAGCUGCCCGGAGCCACGGUCAGCGUGGCCUAUGACCUGGAGUACGGCACGGCGGAGGUAGAGAUCCAGGAGGAUGCAGUGGCUCCAGGCCAGAAGGUUCUGAUUAUUGAUGAUCUUUUAGCUACAGGAGGGACGCUCCUUGCAGCCUGUGAGCUAAUGAAGAAGCAGCAGGCGGACAUCCAGGGCUGCAUGGUGGUUAUCGAACUCAGAGACCUAAAGGGAGCCGACCGUCUGAAGCCUCACAACGUCUUUUCCCUUCUCCAGUACUGAGAGGCGGCACAGCACCCCCUCUGGUUCGCCAGGACCACCGCGGCAUCUCCUGGUGACUACAGCCAAGAAAACAAGAAAACCUCAAAGAGUCAAUCCUGAACCCCCGCUCCCUUUACACACCCUGGAUAAUGAAAGAGACAAACUUAGCGUUAAAUGUCUGAAACUGGUAACAGCACAGGUGGAUGGAACUCCAUAAACUCUAUUCCAAUUGAAUUGUUGUAUCAAGACCAAACCCUCCUGCUAUAAGCAGCUGAGAUUUUGUUCAGUUCAGAUGCUGAAUCUUCUUCUCCUCCUAGAGGUCCUAGAUGGUCUCAGUCUAGGUAUCAAAUCCUCGAUGUAAACCAAACGGUUUCAUCUAUAAGACAUAAAAGUUUCAAGUUGAAAAUGACCUGAUGAUAUGAAGCCGGUGUGUCAAACUCAUUUUCAUUUUGGGCUCCAUCAAGAUCUUGAAUGUCCUCAAAGGGACGAUUGUGGCAGAAUGCAUAGAUAAAACUACCUUUUUAGUAAAGUUAUAAAUAAUGGUCACUCUGAAUUCAGUUUAUAAUUCUUAAAUAUUUUUGUUUUAUAAAAUAUUUUUUCACAUUUAUGUCUUCUGGCCCUAUGCAAAUAAAAGCAGAUUUGAUUUGACUGAUAAAAUGAGAUGUAAGCACGCAACUGUUAUCUUGAACUUGUAUUUAUGUGACCUUCUAUCAUCUAAAGGGCCACAGAUAUGACUCUAGUGGGCCGGUUUUGGCCCGAAGGCCUUGAGUUUUACACCUGUGACCCCUCAGUCUGUUCUCCAUGUAAUGUUACUGUGUUGAUUCAGCCCAAAAUAAUUCCAUAGUUUUAACUGAAUCUGUAUUUGGGAGAUCUUUCCCAUAUCAGACUCCAAGCAAACCUUUUUUUUUUAUCUCGCAAGAACCAGUUUCGGCCUAAAAUAUCGAUUUGAUAUACGAGUUUCUAAACACAGAGAUGCACUGAACAGAACAAUGUGACCAAUUUCUGAUUUGCAGUUUUUGUUAAGCAUUGACCUGCUGAUUUAGAUUUUUCUUUAGGAAUUCUGAUAUAAGAAAUGUAUUUAAUAUAUUUUUACUCUAAGAAUCUACAAUUUCCCUGAGAGAUGAACAAUACACAGGCUGACUGUGCCAUGCUGACACACAUCUGUCCUGUAAAGUCAGCCUUAAGUCUUAUUUUGCUACAAUAGGAAACUGUCCAUCUUUUGUGCUUGUGCAGAAUUGAGAGGAAUCCUGGACAAGCCCCCAACAAACUGUUGAUUCUAACAUAACUUGGUUCAUUUCUUUUCUUACUGCUUAGAUCUGGCAGAGGACUGAAAUGGAUCCUUCCAGGAUGUUAAAGAUGUUUACUUGACACCCAUCAUCCCAAUCUUCGUUGAUCUUCUACAUAUUUCUAAUUUUUUAAAUUUCAGAACAAACAUUUAUUACCAGCUAUGCAACUAGGCUCAUCUGAAAAGUAUUUCUGUUACACAACAUUAUUUUCAGUCACAUAUUUAUAUGUGUAACAGGUUAAAAUUUCAGCUCUGUGAAGAACAUGUGAUGUUAUAAAAUGUGCUAUUUUAUGAAGCUGAUGUUUUCCACUGUCCUGCCUGUUUAAACAAGACAGCGGCCAUCUGCAAAAACCAGAGUCCAAAACAUAUGUUUACCAUAAAGUCAUGGAUUUAUAACAGGAUGCAGGAUGUGAACGUCCUGAUGUCAAACGGACAGGAAAUGAAAAGCAAGGAGCAUAACCAAAGAGGUUAGGAUCAGAGUUUAGUCGUGAGAAUAAAAUGCAAAACAAAAACAUGACAUAUGAUGAACAGACAUUGGGAUAGCUAUUACAAUUCAUAGCAGUGAAUUAUGAUUAAUAUUUAUGAAUGAUUUUUUGGGUCCAAAGAUUAUUUCUAAAGAGGAACAAUCUAGAGUCAGCACAGUUUGUUAUUACAGAUAGAAACGAAUCAUAGACUUAACUCAGUUAACAGUUUUAAUGGCAGCUCAGACCUGGAACCAUUUUUAUUUAAAACAACAGCUUCACAACGCGUCAGCAUUUAGAAAAUCCAACUGGUGGAGCCAACACUCCAGCAAAUACAACGUUAUUCACUGUACGUGUUACAUACAAUGUGUACAAUAUAGUACACACAUUGCAAUAAUCAUUCAUAUGAAUGAUCUACACCAAUAAUUUGGGGAGGAAAACCUUCACUAACUCUCACUAGCUGGAUGACAGAAGAACUCUUAGUGGUGAAGAUCCAGAUCACAGUUUUAAACUCUAAAAGUAAGACAUGUUUAAAUCAAUCUGGAGACAAGAGCUUCAGUCUUGCAGUUUAACAUCACUGCAGAGCUGAUUCAUCUAAACCAAAGUACAGUGUUAGAGUUGUCAACAUGUGAGGUGAUAAAAGCUGGAAUUGCCCCAUUAAAAAGAUAAAGACGGUUCAGCAGAAGCCGAGGUAACAAGGUGGCGUUGAGUUCCUCAGAAACUGUGUGUUAGAUGAAUUUGUUCUCAAAACUCCUGGCGGUUGGAUUCACUGGCUGUGAGUCUUCUUGAUGCAUGCAAUGCUGCUGUUUCACCUCUGUGCACAUAAUCAAUGUUCCAGAAUAAACCCUGCAACGCAUGGAUACUUUCACAAGUGCUGGUAUUACUGACCUAGUCCAAUAUUUUUUUUUUUAACUAAUUUCUUUCUGGAAGAAGAGGCUGAAACAUCAAGUUUGGUAACUGGGCUGGAAAAGAAAUGUUCCGUAAAGGUGCAGGAACAUGAAAGAGUUCAUACAAAUUACACACCAUCCUCACACCGUACCUAUGAGGAAGUGAGGCUCAGGAAAGUUUAACAAUAACGUGUUGGUGGUUUGUGAGGCUGUUGAACAGCAACAAAUAUACAUCCAUCUGAGGACGAAAUAAGUUUGCACGCCUGCAUUGUCCAGGUUUAUAUCCAGAUCAACAACUAUGGAUUCUUCAGGAACGGCCAACACGAUCAAAGAGAAAACUGCAGCUCAUCAAACUCCAACCUCAAGGAAGCAAACCACAAGACCGAGGAUCAGACCUGGAACCAUUUUUAUUUAAAAGCUACAGCUACUGCUAGCUCAGGUUACAACAGGAAAUAAGAUUAGUUACCAUAGCUACGCAGAUGUGGAUGUGUCAGUGUUUUCCAACUGAACAGAAACAUCUUUGAGGAACAUUUCUUUCCUUUAAUGUUGUUUUUAUUUCAUUUUUUCUUCGUCAUGUAAAACACCUGGAAUAGCCCAAUGGCUCAAACGUUGAACUAAACUUACAUCAAGCUGUGGGUAAUAAACAUGUGAAGUCAGGUUUUUAACAGAA